ACAGAGGGCUGGACUGACUGGAACACAACGGGAGUUUGUGCUCUGCUGAGUUUUGUCCAUGAGAGUGAGACAGUCAGUCUAGACGCUCUUGACAGCCUCGUCUGGAGGAGAGACACUUCCCUCUGCGGCUCUGUCCCCAUCACGACGAUACAUUACAAGCUUCUCCUAAGAUGAAACUCCAGCACUCCUGAAGAAGGAUGACACCCCUGGCACAUCGGAUAGGACGGUGCCUAUGGGCAUCUGUGUCACUCACAUGCCAAGCCUGAAAAGUGGAAAGAAAGACCGUUCUAGCAGACACGUCGAACACUUCCAAGCUCUAGAGUGAAACUUUGCACAGUUGGCCAUGGCUGCAUUUCCAUGGCUUGGAGGAUAGUAUCCCUCAUUUAGUAAGCAUUUUUACCACAGUGAGUUUUUUUAACUGGUCAUUUAGCAAAUCCAGCACUUCCUUGCCCAGAGGGUUUAUAGAGUAUCUGUCACACACAAGCUGAACCGGAGGAUCCCAAAUGGAGGUCACACAGCAACACUCUUUCUACCAGACUGGUUAAAGCUGCAGUCGAAAGCAUUACUGCAAGGGCAGUAUGCAGGCAGCUGACUACCCAGCCACAAAUAAUAACACAGAGUGCAAGUUCCACUGCACCAAUGGCAGAUGUCUGAAACUUCUCUCGCUGAUUUGCAAUCAUCUGAAUGAAUGUGGAGACAACAGUGAUGAGGAACACUGUCCUGCUUCUGUACCUCCACCUCCAGACACCAUCCAGUCUGAACUGGAGUUUGUUCAGAUAAUAAUCAUAAUUGUGGUGAUGACUGUAAUGGUAGUUGUGAUCAUCUGUUUGCUGAACCACUAUCGGCUGUCGGCCUGGGCCUUCCUCACACGCCACAGCCAAGCCCGUCAACGAGAGGAGGGCAUGCAGCCGGACGCCUGUGCAUGGCCAACAGAUAGUUUGGUGACACAACAAGGAGCCACUGAGGUGAUGUAUGGGCCACGGAACGGAGAGCGCUUCAACUCACCUUCAUUUAUGCAAAGGGACCGAUUCAGCCGCUUCCAGCCCACCUACCCAUACCUGCAGCAGGACAUCCACUUGCCGCCCACCAUCUGCCUGUCAGACGGUGAGGAGCUGCCGCCCUACAAGGGCCCCUGUACUCUGCAGCUCAGAGACCCCGAGCAACAGCUCGAGCUGAGCCGUGCGUCCGUGCGUGCCCCCCCAAACCGGACCAUUUUCGACAGCGACCUGAUAGAUGUUUACGUGCACGGAGGCGGCCCACGGCCCCCCAGCAGCAACUCUGGCAAGAGUGCCUCGAACUUGCACAUGGAGGGGCCACCGCCCACCUAUAGCGAGGUGAUGGGUCAGACGCACCCAGGCUCCGCCUCCUUCCUGCACCAGCACAGCAAUAACACACCACCCUCCAACCAGAGGACAGCCAGCGGCUCCGCCCAGCCUGGCGCAAGCACAACCCUGUUAACCAAGGUUAAGGAUAGCCGGCGUGACAAACCCAUGUGACUAGGACACACCUGCAGAGGGCAGUAGAGAGCGCAUGUGCUCUUAGGUACUUCCUCCUGGACCUAAAGGGGACCUAAACACUCCCCUUGCACAAUUUAAAUCAAAAAUUGAGGAACCAAGCUUACAAAGUUAAUUUUUUUUUUUGGCUAGAACUUUGGGGCCUUGUAUGGAUGUUUGGGCUCCUCGACUAAAUCUCUUUGUUUGUUUAUGCUUUCCUGUAUUUAAAGAACACGUGUGUUGGCACAGAUUGUUUGCGUGAGAGACCACAUAGGUCAUAGGAUUGAGACAUUUUCUAUUUGUUUGUGCAUUUCCAGGACUCAUGCACAAAACACUGUUCACAACCAAUCAAAAUCCAAAAUGAGUGCCAUGAAAAAAUCUUAAAUCUUGGGGAUGUGACUCACAACAACAACAAAAUGUCUUUAUGUUGCACUUAUUCUUUCAAAAGUAGAAACGCCUACCCUUAGUUACUUUACAUACGUCAAUCCACAUGGUUCCUGGGAUUUUUCUCUUCCUUUUUUACAUUUCGCGUUUCCUGAAAUGGAGAUGUAGAACUCUGAUCCAGCCUAAAAUCUCCACGCCUGAACUGCAUCAUGGCACUUAUUAAAAAGGAAAAAAAAAAGAAAAAAGAGGGGGUUUAACGAGCUGUUCAAAUUCCAGAUCACUUUUUUCCACCAACCAGUUGAGAGAUAUUGGCAUGGAUAUCUGCGGAUGGAAGUCACGACACACACGCCACUUUCAUCCUGUCGAGUAGCACUUUAAACUUGCGUCACUUCUGCAUUGUCAUGGGGUCCAAGUGCAAGGGAAUCAUGGGAACUGUAGUCUUAUGCACAUCAUGUCCCCUUCUGAGCGAGUGUGUCAUAUCUCAUACAGUUUAUUUUCCACUUAAAAAAGCAUGCGUAUAGUUUUGUUUCCAGUUAUCCAUACUAUACUUUAGUUCACGAUCAUAUAUGGAUCUCAUAUUUUAUCUUUUACUCUCCUCUCCUGGAAUGCCGUUUUAUUCCGAGGCAGCACAGGAACACACUUUUAUCUACUUAUUUCUCAUCAGUAUUUAUAUCAUUUGUACCAAUCGUGAUGAGGUACAUCCCCCUUUUUCUUUCUUCAUUUUAAGUCGUAUUCAAUCACACGGCACACUUUAAAAAUGCUUGCUCUGUUAAAUCACACCUGAACUUUGUAAACCAUCGUUCUUUGGCCUUCCCUUUAGAAAGUCCCAUAGAAAAAAAACUAUUUAUCAACUAGUUAUUUAUUAAAGUGACCAGUUUAAGAGAAUAUUUAGUCAAAUUGGACUAAAAAAGCUCCACUUUCCUUCGUAAAAAAGCUUUUAUAGGAGCUUUUCUGCCCUUGAAUAGCAACACUCUCCUGUCGCCGUCCGCUUCAGCUCUGAAACCUUGGCUUCCCAUCAUUGGCUCUGCUUCCCGUCACUCAUUCUGACCGCGCAGUUUGAGUUCGUACUGUAUUGCUGCUGCUGCUACGCGCUGCUACCGCUACUGCUGCUGCUGUUGUCCCUUCGCUAGUAGGCCUAUGUCCGCUUCCCUAUUACUUUAUAUUUGUGUACCAACCGAGACAUAGAUGUUCGUUCUAUGUUUUGGUCUUUCGUUAACAUAAGUGCGUUUUCGCCAUCAUUGUCUUGCUAGGAAAACAAACCCUAAUGUUUUUUUUUUAAUAUAUAUAUAUAUAUAUAUAUAUAUAUAUAUAUAUAUAUAUAUAUAUGUUUGCAGCCGAGAGGUUUGCAUGUUACUAUUUACAUGAGCAAAUUCGGUGCCUAACAGUCAUGUUUAAGCAGACAUAGAAACCCACUUGCACUCAAAAGUCCCCACCUUUGUUGUGCCUCACUUCCUAUGGUGCUUCUUUCAGUAGUCGGACUCUGUUUAUUUGUACGGUGCUGUAUAUAACUUGAAUAUAUUAUGCACAUAUCCUACCCAAUGGGUAGAAAACCACAAGAAAGCAUUGUUAAUACUGUAAUAUAAUGUAUAGAUAAUAUUAAAAAGAAAACUUUAACAUGGUGGCAUCAAGUUUUGUGAAUGCCUUAAAUUGUGCUUUGUCUUUUUUGUAAAACAGAGUAAAGUUUGCAAAGAGAAAUGCUACAGUAUGGUCACAGAAAUACAAAAAUGACGACUUAUAUAUAUUUUUUUCCUAUGCUGUAAAUGUGAUGAAAGGAAUAUUCUGAUUAUAAGGCAGUUAUAUAAAGGAUAACUAGCUGCUGCUUUUGUAACUUCCAGAGAAAGAAUUAUAAAUGCCAGCGCUUGUCAUUUUAUUUAUUGACGUUUAUUGUGUGACUGCUAGCUGUUUGGACGUGUAAUAACCACCACUCAGAACAAUAACGUCAUUGUAACGUCAUUGUACCGUGAUUGUCGACUUUUGGGCUCCCACGCGGCCUUCUCUUCAAACGGGACAAGGUUCAGUGGUUCAUAUCAAAACGCAGCUCAGGGUGAGGCUUUACCGGCACGGACAUCCGUUAAAAACGGUUAACGUUCUGUUGUUGUUUUUAUGCACAUAAUCGAGUUGUGUGGAAUAUAAAAGAGUAUCAAAUGAGGAAAAUGCAGCCCAUACCUGAUUGUUACUUGCAUGUUCAUGUCAUUAUUUCUGGUUCCGAGCUCUCCGCGCCGACAGGCUCCUCUACGGAAACACACGCUUCAAUGAAUGGUGAGUUCAGCAUCUCGGUCCGUGGAAAUUGAAUUUCGCGCCAAUCCACAGCAACGGUCUACAUCGGCCUCGAGCGAGAUCACGUCACAGGACUGUAUGACUUAUAUUGUGGACUACAAAUUAUUAUGAUAAUUUUUUUUUACAAGAUGAAACAGUUAAGUGUGCAAGGAACGCGGCUGUCCGUUUUUUUUUUUUUUUUUUUUUACUGUUUUAUUCAAUUGUGAUGUCAGCGGUUUUCAGUUUGAGGUAUGUUGAUUGCAAUACUUUUACAGGAAAAAGUAACUAAAAACCCACUGGAAAAAAAAAUCAUAAAAAAUAAAUACAAGAAAAAAACGAACUGCUCAAAGACACUUGUAGUCCCUCA